GAUUUCUUCUUCCUAUAUAAUCAUCAGGACAAUGUUACUGCGUUAGAACAUCAUAACUCACUUCUUCACUAUCCCGCCGUCAACGACUCCCCCCUUUAGUUUAAGGGAGCCACCAGGGCGAAAGUCAUAUUCUGACAUUAAGCCUCUCAAGGAGGUGGUUGCGGAUGAAGAGUGUUGUGACGCGAAUGUGACGCGUGCAUGACUUUGCGCCCAAUCGCAGUCACGCCACCAUUUACGGCUUAGCACGAAGCCUGCUCUGACAGUUGUAGCCUGUAGGCGCGACUCUCGGCUUCACCAAAUCGUCCUUGGGUCACUUUCACGCCCUCUCUCUCUUCUGAGCAAGCCAAAAUAGCCUGAGGAUCCUAACGAGAUGGCUGUCCUCACGUCUGCACCCCUACAAUUUGUCGCGUCAAUACCGCCCGUCACUCGUGCUUUCACUGCAGCUACCGUCUUCUUCUCCAUAUUGUACUAUUGGCUGUAUUGGACCACAGGGGAUGCCCUUCCAUACCUCGUGCUCGUUCCCGGAUCGAGUAUUUUCUACCCAUGGACGUUUGUUACGUCUGCGCUCAUAGAGACUACUAUAUUUGAGCUUCUGUUUACUCUGCUGGUCAUUCCAGCAUCGCUGAAGUAUCUGGAGAGAUUAUGGGGAGCAGUGGAAACCCUGAAAUUUAUCGUCGUCACUGUUGGUGUUUCCAACAUCAUCGCGUUUGGAUUGAACUGGCUGGAAUACGUGGUACUGAAGAAUCCAGUGUUUCUUUACGAACAACGAUAUCAUGGCCAAAUGGCGCUUCAGAUUGGAGUCCUUGUUGCCUUCACGCAAAUUAUUCCGGAGCACCAAGUUCAGCUUUUAGGCGUAAUUAAAGCUCGCGUCAAAUCUAUCCCUAUGGCAUACGUCACGUUCUCUACCGUGAUGUGCAUUAUAGGUUUCCAAUGUCCUUACAUAGUUAUCCAGUUCGGAUGGCUUGUAUCAUACAUUUGGCUUCGCUUCUACAAGAAGAACUCUGAAACACUUGGUGGUGGUCCUGCAUAUGGCGAUAGAAGCGAAACAUUCGCUUUCAAUUUACGUCGCUCAUACUGUAACUUAGCACGCCCAUCACCUUGCUUGCGAAUACCGCACAUUCUCUUGCCUCGAAGUUCCAUUUAAUUCCCUCCAUUGGUCCUGACGUUGAAUCCGGUGGUUAUACCCAACUUCCUGGGGGUGCCCGUGCAGAGGCAGAAAGGCGAAGAGCUAUGGCUCUCAAGGCUUUAGAUCAAAGGCUUGCCGGCGGUGCAACAUCACCUACACCGCGAUCGGCAACAGUGCCUGCCGGCCCCAGUGCAUCACGCCCGCCACCUGCAACAAAUGGCGAAAUUCCUCAGUCGAAGUCCCCUUCACCCGAAGCUGACAUUGGGGACGCUGGUGCACAAGGUGGUCGAUAGUGUGGAUUUAGUAACGUACUGCUAGCAGGUGGCUUGGUUAUGACUUUCCUAAUGUCCUUACGCACGAUGUGCAUUAUUGUAGAAAAUCUGCUUCCCGCUUAUUAGUUCGAUUCCCUAGCAUGUAGUCUCUGCCCUUGUCAUUCACGAAUACCUACAAUUUAAAUACCUUCCAAAAUGGGCGCUUC